GGGCGCAACCUAACCAGUUCCCAGACCUCGGUUUCGCUCGCACCCAGUCCCAGGCCGCCUCCACCCUCGAGCGCUUAGGGCGGGCGGAGGGAGGCGCUGGUAGGGUUUGUCGGCGGCGAUCGUCGGAGAAUCGUCCGAUUCCGGGUCUGCUUGGAGUGUUGUUUGACGACUGCUGGGUCUACUAUGUUGAUCAAAGGGCUUGUCCACAUUACCACAUUAAAAUGUCAGCAGAGCACAUUGCAAUUGGUCUGGUUGGAUAUCAAAACGGUUACAAAUCAAAGUUGUUGCGUGCAUUUCUAAAUGAUGAGGAACAUGCCUUAGCAUUGUGUAGCAAUGAAGCACAGAUAUUCAAAUGUGCCUCUCCUGAUGCAGCAUGCUACAUAUCAAGAAAGCGUGGACAUGUUGGGUCAGCAUUUUGUGCACAUCCUGGUCAUGAAUCUGAUAGAGUUGUCCUUUCAAAGGAUGUAUCUCUCUUAGAUUUUCCGGGAAUGGGUUUGGAUGAAGCUUUAACCAUUCUACCAUCAACGUCUGCAAACAGUAACAUCGGAGCAUUAUCCACCAGGAUCAGUAAUAUGUGUACUGCAGUAUAUGAGUAUCAUGCUCCUGCUGAAAUGAUAAUUAUGGAUAGCUGUAUCCAUGAAGAUCAGGGUACUGAAAAAACCGUUUUAACUAUACAAGGACGUGUUCUAAAGGGGGUUCUCAAGAAAAAACAGCAGCUAGAAAUUCGUCCUGGAUCAUUUAGUCACGAUGACAAUGGUCAAAUCAUGUGCAAUCCGGUCAUUAUCAAUGUAGCAACUCUAGAUUCAAUUGGUGGUAAUGAUCAGUUGGAGCAAGCAGCCGCUGGUGAUAUGAUUACAGUCAGGAGUAAUAUUGAUUAUGAGCAAAUCGGUGGUAUUGUUGCAGACAUGAGUGGCUUUGUUAUUGGUCAUGUGGAUAGUUUGCCUGAUGUACUCUCAGCACUGAAGCUUAAAGUUAUUCUUCUGCCACUGAUGUUUGACUCGUACACGGAAGAUUUUAAGGAGGUCUCAAUUAUUGAGAAAGGUGAGGUACUGUUGGUGACCGUUGGAAUGUUAUCAGCAGCGGCAGAAGUACGUAAAGUCGUGGAUGAGACUACUGUUGUUGUUACUCUCAAAUCACCCAUCUGUGCAAGGAAAGAAGACAAAGUGCUUCUUCUCAGAUCUGCUAAUGUGUGUUGGCGUUUAAUAGGCCAUGGCCAAAUAGAGGAUGCUACUGUUAUCAAAAUUGGCAAAGCUAUUCAUGGUUAAUUUCAUAUCAAUUAUGAAAUCCGAGGAAGGCCCUUGAAGACAAUCCUACAGAAUUUUGAAAUUGCAUCUUUUGACUUUGUGAUAUGGUGUAGCACGUUGACGGUUGCAGGAAGAACUAAUGGCUGAUUCUUUUGUGCAGCACGUUGAUUCUAGUCAUGCUUUGUCUUUAGUUGGCUGUAGCAACAUUAGCUUUUGAUAAAAGGCAGUUAGCCUGGACUCAGUUUUGUAGUGUUAUUGACCUUAUAUGUAACCGUGAUGAAAGGGACUCUGCUGAUUCUUUUUUCGAGUAUAUAAGCAUUGGCAGUUUGUAUUUGACUAACUCACGGGCUUAUAAAAUUGUUGUGGUCGUGA